GACUAAUCUUACCGAAAGAAGCCAUUUUCUUACGAAAAUCACGUUCACGGUUGACGGUUCAAAAACAGUUGAUAAAACUUAUGAAAAUAAUGAGAUAAACUCGCUUAACGUACACGAAAUAUAUAUGGAAAGUUUGCAUUAUGGAGGAUAUCUCUUAAUCCUCCAUCGAUACAAUGAACUCAAUGAAACAUUUGAGGACCUUUAUGGUUACAUGUUUGAUAGUGAAGCUAAACUACGUGGACCUUGGCCAUUUGGUAAUCCAAUAGCGAAACCAGCUUUAGGAAGGCGCUAUGGAAUAUUAAAUAAUAAUACCCUUACUUCAUUAAAUCAAAAACCAAAUGAUCCAAUUUGGAUAAUAGAAUCAAAACCUUUAAAUAAUUUCGUUGAACUUGUACCGUAUAAAAAUCCGAACAUUCUUUCCACAGAUCCUCCAAAUAAUGAUCCUAAAAUUCCUCUAAGAAAAGCAAGCAUUACAAUUUUUUUCAAAAACGAGAUCGUUUUAUCGAAUGGAAACAUUACGAUCUUUCAAUAUCAAGAUUCAGAAUUGGUUUUGAAACAAAGUCAUCCCGGAUUACAUCCAAAUUGCAUUCUUGGAGAUGACCAUAAAUCGGUUACUAUCAAAAUGCUUGAUUCGAAUUUCAAUAUACCAAACACAACGUAUACUGUGGAACUUUCCCACGAAUUUUUUGUGAAUAAGCUAACUAGGCUAGCACCUAUAGGACUACAAGCAGGAUAUUGGAAUUUCACAACUGGUAACAAGAACAAGAAUUUAUUUGAAUCUCAUGUAUUUAUUAAGGGUAUUUUAUGCGUAUUAAUUAUUUUAAAAUAUUUUUCUAUUUUGAAAAAAAAAAAAGAAUUUAAAUUGGAUGAAUACGCGGAUUCCGUUGAUGUCGUGCUUGGACUUACAGAAAAAGCUUCUACUCGUUUCAAAAAUUUAACUCAGGAGGAUAAAGCCGCAUUUUUAAAUCAAAUGUCAAUAGAUUUAACAAAAACUAUUCCGACAGAACCAACGAGAUUCAUUCCAAUUCAAGAGACUCAAAGUCAUGGUGGAAACAAUAAACUUCUUAUUUCCAUCAAGAUUCGACAGCGAGAUGAUCCAUUUAAAUUAAACGGAAGAAUGAUUAUCAGGGAUUUAAAUACUCUGAUUAAAAAUAAAGGGAUAACAGGGAUAUCCCGUUUUGAAUCAACAAACAUGCUCGAUGAAGAAUUCGGAAGCAUUAUUAGAAAAUCUGUUUCUGGAAGUUAUAAAGCUGAAAUCAGUUUUCUUGCAGCCUCCUUUGGAAUUCUUUUAUGCCUAACCUUUUAUGCAUGCUGUUCAAAGUUAGGACAGCAAAAUAGUAUUUUUGUCGCGAUUAAGAUUUCUUUGGCAACAUUGGAUUAUAUAUUUGAUGUAUGGUUUAUUGCGACUUAUAGUUAUGAUUUUUAUCCAAUUUUCGCUGUAAGUUUCCUCAACUUUGUAUUCGCGUGUAAAUUAGUCAAUGCAACAGCAGCACCGGGUACAGGAACUUUGGACAAAAUUAUAUUUACAACGCUUGGAUUAUUCAUUGAUACUGAAUCCUUUAAACUAAUAAAGGAUUGGAAUGCAAUUGUAAGUAAUGUUGAUCAACGUUCCUAUUGGAGUAAAUAUGUUUUUCAAGAUAUUCCACAAUUAAUUAUUCAGAUACUGUAUUUUACCUUUGCAAUUAAGUAUAAUGCCGUGAUCGUUAUAUCCUUAACACUUAAUUGCCUGUUGAUUUUCCAUAGUACUUUGAUUAGAAAAAUAACGAUUUAA